CACACAUUCACACACUCACUCACACCGAGGGACAGUUUAGCAUAACCAGUCCAGCUACCUGUAUGGUUUUGGACAGUAGGAGGAAACCAGAGAACCCAGAGGAAACCAUACAUACAACAGGAGAGAACAUGCGACUACACAGACAAGAGUCCAAGCUCAGGAUCGAACCAGAGACAAUGGAGCUGGACCUGUCUUAUAUUAGAAGCCUGAGCUCCCUUCAAAGUCUGGAAAGAGGGAAGAUGAGCCAAGAGGAAGAGGGCGAGCGAGACAGAGGGAGACAAACAGAAGGGGGAGACACUCCUAUUUUGUCUGAAACCUCUCGACUUGGACACGUCUCAGUGAGAAAUGACCGGAGAAAAAUGAGUGUGCAUACUUGAGACACGAGAGGUGAGACUGACUCCAUUGAGAGAAAAGGUAAACUAUGCAGAGAACACGGCUGCGCUCUCUCUCUCCCUCUCUCUCUCUUUCUGUCUCAUACACACACUUCAUUCAGAGCUGCGCAACAGUACAGCUUUGGCACAGCAACUCAGUUACAGAUCAAAGACACCAAAAAUGAAAUAAAAAAAUGUGAUUCAGACAUGACACAUUAAGACUGAAAUGUGUUCUUUCUUUCUUUUAUUCUUUUUCAGGAGAUGGAGUGUCGUAAUUUCUUUUUUCCCUUUCUUUUCCGUUUCUUUCUUUCUUUCUUUCUUUCUUUUUUCUUUCUUUUCCUUCUUUUUCAGGAGAGUGUCGUGAUUUCUUUCUUUUAUUCUUUCUUUCAUGCUUUCUUUCUUUCUCAAGAGAUUUAACUAUCUCUCCCUUUCUGAGGACAGGGGGUGUAAUAAUUUUUCUUUCUUUCUUUCUUUCUUUCUUUCUUUCUUUCCAAGAGAGUUAGUGUUAUCAUUUUUUCUGUCUUUCUUUUUUCUUUGUCAAUUUCCUUCUUUCUUGUGUCUCACAGUAUCUCAGUGUCUCAAAGCUCUCACAGUCUCUAACAGUAUCUCACAGUGUCUCAAAACUCUCACAGUCUCUAACAGUAUCUCACAGUGUCUCACACUCUCUCAUGGUCUCUCACAGCUCUCUCAUUGUCCCACACUGUCUCACAGUCUCUCACAGUGUCUCACAGUCUCUAAGCUCUUACAGUGUCUCACAGUUCUUUCAGUGUCCCACAGUUCUCUCAAUGUCUCACACUGUCUCACAGUCUCUCACAGCUCACACAGUGUCUCACGGUUCUCUCAUUGUCCCACAGUGUCUCACAGUCUCUAAGCUCUUACAGUGUCUCACAGUUCUCUCAUUGUCUCUCAUUGUCUCUCAUUGUCUCUCAUUGUCUCACAGUGUCUCACAGUCUCUAAGCUCUUACAGUGUCUCACAGUUCUCUCAUUGUCUCACAGUGUCUCACAGUCUCUAAGCUCUUACAGUGUCUCACAGUUCUCUCAGUGUCCCACAGCUCUCUCAUUGUCUCACAGUGUCUCACAGUCUCUAAGCUCUUACAGUGACUCACAGUUCUCUCAGUGUCCCACAGCUCUCUCAUUGUCUCACACUGUCUCACAGUCUCUAAGCUCUUACAGUGUCUCACAGCUUUCUCCUCCCCACAAUAUAUCUUUUCACAGCACUUCGUCUUUAAAGCAUUACAUUUGUGCAGAGCAGGAAUGUUAUGAUUCGGUAACUGUGCAGUUAUCUCGCGUCUGCUUCCCUGAAAUACCACAGAGAUUAGAGAGCGAGCUUUUCUCUGGAUUCUAUAGAAUGUUUAUGGUGCGGUGAGAUCCAGGGGACGAUCGACAAGACAAUACGACCAGCGAGGAAAUGUGACAUGGCGCAUUUAGGCCUUUCAGUGCUGGCAAGCAAACUGGAGCUCCAUUAAUGUGCACUUCUUUCUCUCUCUCUCUCUCUCUCUCUCUCUCUCUCAUACACACACACACACACACACACUCUGCUCUGGAUGUGGGGUACAAGGGAAGGUUACACUGCCUGUCUGCGGUUCUGCAGAAUUCAGAGAAGGCCGAAACGACAGCGUUGCCAAAGUCCCAGACAAAUGUUCAUUUUGGAAUUGCUCUUUGCUUACAUACCUCCCUCAUACUCUCUUUCCUAUUUUGCCAUUAUUUUAAUAGAGUUUCACCUUUCUCACUCCCUUACUGCAAAAACUGCUUUCAAGAUGUGUUUAAAAGAGAAGGAAAGUAACUCAUACAGAUAAUCACGCUUAAUCUCUGUCUCUGUUAGCCUUAAUCUCAUGCACAAAAACACCUCCUAAUGGGGCUUCUCAGAAUUUACUACAAUUUCUUUCCUUCUUUCUUUCUUGAGUUCUUUCUUUCUUGAUUUCUUUCCUUCUUUCUGUCUUGAUUUCUUUUUUAGGACAUGUACAUGUCUUCAUUUUUGUAUCCUUCUUUCUUUCUUGGGCAGCUUCUUGAUUUUUUUUUUAUAUCUUUCUUUUUUAGGACACAGGGUGUCUUCUUUUAACUUUCUUUUUUCCUUUCUUAGGACAUGGCUUGUCUUAAUUUUUCUUCGUGAGUUCUUUCUUUCUUUCUUUCUUUCUUUCUUUCUUUCUUUCUUUCUUUCUUGAAAUUGCUUUAAUUGUUUAAAAUGAAGGAGGAAAGUAAAUCACAGACAAAAUCAUGGUUAAUCUCUGCUUCUGUUAGACUCUUAAUGGGUUUGCUAGUAGAAUUUACCACAUGUUUGUUCCUGCAGUCUGCUCUGCCAUGAUGAUAACGGUAUUCACGGUAUAUCGUGUCACCCCUGUCGGGGACGUGCCCCGCCCCUCAUCCUUCAUCCGGUCGUGCGCGCGCCCCGCCCCUAGUCGUUCUUCCAUCCACUGCAGGUUGUCAAGUUGGCAUCUCACGCGUUCCUCCGCGCAUAUCUAAACCCGCAACUUGUUUUUGCUUCUCCAUGUCAUGAAGACGGAGGCGCUACGAACCGGAUCCAUGCGACUGGAGGCUCCGUUUCUGGAAACGAUCAGCUUUUGGAGCGACCGCGGCGAUGCGCUCCGUCCUCCCUCCACUUCUCCUCGCAUGUGUUCAGAUUGCAUUGCUGCUGUGUAGCUUCCUGCAGGUGCUAGCGGUGGAUAAUGUUGAUUUCGGAGAGCACGUCGAGACUCAGACAGGCGCGAGAGACAGUCUGAGCAGAAAGCAUCACAGGGUGUACCAGCUGUACAGCAGGACCAGCGGAAAACACGUGCAGGUGAUGGGAAGGAAAAUCGUCGCCACUGGAGAAGAUGGGGAUAAAUAUGCCCAGCUCGUGGUGGAGGCCGACACCUUCGGGAGUCAGGUCCGAAUUCGGGGCAAAGAGACCAACUUCUACCUGUGCAUGAACCGCAGGGGGAAACUGGUGGGCAGGAAAGCCAACAGUGCAAACGCUGAGUGUGUCUUCAUUGAGAUGGUUCUGGAGAACAACUACACUGCCUGGAUGUCAGCACGUUACAUUGGCUGGUACAUUGGCUUCACCAAAAAGGGCCGACCUCGCAGAGGGCCGCAGACCCUCCCGAACCAGCAAGAAGUGCACUUCAUGAAGCGCUUUCCGCCUGGCGAGCAGCCGAACCUGCAGCACAGCAGCUUCACCACCGUUAGCAAGAGGAACAGGAGGACGCAGCAGACCAGCGCUAGUCCUGACGCACAAUCAUAACAUACAUUUAAACCAUCACUCACUUCUAUAAAGGAUGCUGACAUGGAGGAUGCUUGGGUAGGAGUCACCCUUUCCAAACCAACCAGGUGUAGGUCACUUCACUUCCAGGUGGAGGUCAAAAUCAGUCCAAAUCAAAUGCUGUGUAAUCAAAGAUGGCUGGGCGUGUGUCCAGGAAAUGAACUCAGAGACUCAUGACUCGUGACAAGGGCACACACAGCACUGCAAGCUGAGAGAAAAGCCUCUCCAGCAUCCACUGCUAUUAAUGACUCUCGACAGACAGUGAGUUUCAAGGAUAUAAAAACUCUGUGGAGGGCUCGUGUGUACAUUAUUCCAAUCACUUAUCUUCCUGGGUUAAAAUAAUCCUGCUUGAAUUGUUAAUCAAUAGGACAGAUGCGUAGGCAUGUGAAAUAAAACAAACAGCCAAAUGUAGCUAAUAUAGUGAAUUAUGGAAGAAGAAUCGUAGCAAAAACCAACAUGAAAAUCGUGAUGGGAUAAAAACGUGGUUUAACUGCAUACUGUUGGUAUGAGCUCAUGCAGACAUCCUGGAGUAUACACUCUUAGGAAAAAACUUACAUAUAGAGCCUUAAAGCAAGUGUUCUCCGGGUUUUCGCAGUCAAAUAAAUUUCUGCUCCUAGCAUAAUCCUGUUACUCUAAAUUGUAUUGAAAUGUGUACGAUAAUAUUUGGCCUAUUUAUUGCAGCCAUGCAGCUUUUUAUUCGCCAACAGAACGCAUUCGGUCCAACUUUAAGGUUUUCGAUUAAUGACGAAAACUCAAAUAUAGACUAAUAACUAUAAUGAGUUGUGAUUUCCAGAAUUGUAACAAAGGACCCCUAGAUAUGCUUAAGAAACCCCUGGGGGUCUCUGGGACUUAUUUUGAGAACCUUACUAUAAGGGAUCUUCUGAGGGACCCUUUAAAUGUUCAACGACAAACCCAAGGACACAAGGUUUCCCUUUAUUAGAAGCUUCUAAGUCGAGCCCACAACAAUCCAGAGAACCCUUGGAGAUCCUUUGGAGUGCGCUUUGUAUUGCGAGUCACAUUACGGUGCAGAAAUGAGUAUACUUAAAUGUUCAAACGUAAAAUUACGUUGCAAAUUCAGUUAUAGAUAUUAGAGAGAAUUAUAACCUCUCUAAACUCAAAUCCUCAUUUCUGGACCUUUAAAAUAUCUCAUGCCUGUAUUCUGGCUAAUCAUUUAUGGAGUUUGUUGGUCUGUAAAUCAUUGUUGGAAUGAUACUGAGAAAUUUUAGUUUCAGAAUGUAUUGCUCGAGUCCUGGACAUGUAGUUAAGCCAGAAUUUCCAGAAUUUGGUGCAUGGCUUGGACACACUUAGCUAUGACUUGAGUCUCAAUGAGUUGAUGAGACUCAGUGAACACUGAGUGAACACAGUCUCAUCAACACUGAGUGUUUGACUCUCCAACUUGUGUGCUGUUAGUAAUCAGAGCUUUAUCCACAUAUAAUCAGCUGCUUAAGGGCCCUGAGCCACCAGGGAGCCCUGUAAAAAUGCACGGUAAAAAAUUAUAUGUUUUUCUAAUAUCUUUUGGUGAUGAAAGACAAUGGUUCAGGCUUUGGCAGGGGGCGCCCUUGUGGUCUGCAGCUAAAGAGGUAUUAUUAUUUUGAACCCAAAGGUUCAAAAACAUCUCUGUUAGUAAUUGUUUCUUCAACAUUAAAUAACGUUAGUCAAAGUACGCUACCACAACUGACUGCAAUUCAUUAAAAACUCCAGAGUUCCGCUGAAAAAUUAAAUCAUCAGAGGUGGCAACGUACCCCCACUGUGACAACAUUUGGGAUUUGACAUUUACAUUCAGUCGUUUGCCAGAUGCUCUUCUCCAAAACAAGUUACAAAACAGACGAAAGCACAGCAAUACUCUAAUUCUCGAGACAAACGCCGGGCCGUAAAGUGUUAGAGAGGUCUCUCUGAAGGUGGUGAUAAAAAAGGGUCAAAUCUGAAUCUGUAAAUAAUAAUGUGUAUAAGAAGUAAUUCAACAACCAGUUCAAAGAAAGUGCAGAGAUAACGGCUUAAACUUGAACUCAUGUAGCGGCUUAUGGACUUGAAUGUUGAGGAUAAGAUGACUUAGACUUGACUUGGACUUGACUAUAUACUGGUGUUCUCCAAACCAGGUCACUGACCUCCAAAUUAUCCACAUUUUUUCUCUUUUUCUCUUUUUCUCUAUUCUCAGCUCCUAAAACAACCUGAACCAAGCAAGCAAGAGUAUUGUGCUAUAUUGGAGGGAUUAUAUUGGGAAGCUUUGCCCAUUUUUAAAGGCAUGUGACCCUGACAGUAUGGAAAUAUUCACAACUUCCAUUGUCCACAGUCGGCUGUAUAAGCUCGGACCCAGAACUGCAGUGUGGUACCUAAGACUAACUCUUUAUACACUAAUGGUCACCAGUAUUUUAUGGAUUUUUUUUUUAAGUGACCCCCACUGUUCAUUUCACUAGGUCCUAUUCCAACCUUUUGAAAUAACCGUAAGAGCAUAAGGGUAGACGAUAUAUUAUAGGAAAAUAAUCAACUAUGCAUAGGAUAGUUUUCCACCCAAAAAUGGAAACCAUUAGGUUUGUUCCAAUUUCUGUAACGCUAGCUCACCUGAACUAAACUUGCAUUAGCAGGUUGACAUUUUUGACUAGUAUGUAAGGAAUAAAACACCUUGCGUCAUGCUGUUAUAGAAAGAUAAUCAAUGACUGGGUGAUGUGAUAAAGCAGACUUACUGUUAGCACCCCAGAGUUGAUUAUUUUCCAAUAACAGCAUGUUCCAAUUACAUUUUUUUAUUUGUUAAAGAACCUGUCAUGGGUUUUAUCCAUAAGUUCCACAAAACUUACAUUAGCAGCUAUAAACAAUCAUUUCCUCAUCAGCUACUCUUUUUUCUCUAUCUUGAAAUUAAUAAGACAAAAAAAAUGCAGCUUGUCAUGUUACGAAGAAACCACAAACUGUAAACUCCUCUGUCCAGAUGAUGUUGGAAAAGUUACAGCUUUAUCUUUAACUGUUGCAAAGCUCUGACACUGGAGACUCCUUCCAUAAAUCUUCAAUAAACGUCUCCUUACAGAAAACUCCUUACAGAAAUCUGUUAACAAAUCUGAGUUUUGCAGCUGCACUACUGUCAGAGCUCCUGUUAUAGCAAAUUAAUCAGCACCUUCUGACCAAUCAGAAUCCAGAAUUCAGCUGCACUCUGGUGUAAAGCAAAAAUAUAACGUUGCAAUAUUUAAAGACUCUCCUAAUAUCGAUAAUACUGUGUGGUUUUGUGAAAACAUUUUUGAAAAGAAAGCUGUAUUGAUGUAAUUUAUAUUGCAAUAACGAUAUCAUAUCGCCCGCGGUACUUAGGCAGACGCAAGAGUAACCUUGUGUCUGUUUCACAAAUCCGAACAUGUAUGAGUUGAUAAAGCUGACACGGGUACCACCCUGGAUCUACAUGUUCAAUGUACAGUUUAAAAGUCAAUGUACAGUUUGUUUUUUUGUCCCACUGAUACUGGGGCUAAAACUGAAAGAUGAAAUAUUUUGAUACAGGAUACUAUUAAAAAAUAUUUAUUUUCUUGACGUAGUCACUGUCUUUUUAUUCUGCAUUUUGUAUUCAGAAUUUUGUCAUUGAAAAGAAGUCACGUGCUCCCAGUGUGACAGAGUGUGUAUCCGCUUAUUUCAUCUUCGAAAAAAACACGAAAUUGUUCAUCAUAAAACACUUCAGCUUUCCAGUAAAAUUCUUUUCUCAAAAUAACAUAUAAAUAGCAUUUUCUCUCAUCCUCACCUAAGCCACACUGUUUAAAAAUGAAAAGAAAAAAAAAAUAGCACCUGGAGAUAACGUUAGCAAUAAAUCUAUUUCAGAUUUCCUUAUCACGGUGUACUAUUACACUCCUAAUUCAGACAUUCCUAAGAUUCUCUCCAUCAUAUCAAAUGCACUCAUCAUAUUUAUCUGCUCAUGACAAGGAUUUUUAUCAGCGCAGUUUCUAAAUUCCACUCUGUUUUCCUUUCAUCAUCUUUCUAAAUAUAAAAUAGGCAGUGGUAAAGUCUAAAAGUAGGCUUUAAGGACACCAACAGGCUCUAAAUUUCACUAUUAUUAACAACAAUGGUUAUUAGUCAUUAAAGCUGCAGUAUGUAAAGUAAACCUUUGCUGUUAAAAAUGUAACAAUAGUAAGUGUGAAUAGACAAACAAGAUCAUUAUUUUUAGUGUUUAGAUAUUUUUUGAUGUGCACUAAUCAACAGUAAUAAUUUGAAUAAUUAGAAUCUCCUUCAUUUUCAGUUCAUAGUUCAAAGGUCACAGGUCAAAGUUCACCUAGUUGACAUUUAAGGAAAAGUAACCACUACCAGAAGCAUAUAUAGUUUUUCCCAAUUAUUAUUAGGCCCAAACUUCUUCCCAUUAUCAGACUCUUUGAGUGCCUGUAAAUUACAGUUAUCAGAUUAUUAAUUAUAUCAGAUUCUAUCAGAUUAUUAUUAUCAUUUAUGUCUUUUGUCAUCGUGUUAAUCAAAUCAGCCACUGCCCUGAUGUGUGAUUCAUGUCAACCAUGUCCUGUCUGCUCUGGUGGCUCAGUGGGUAAGUGAACCGGUCUGUUAUCAUGAUGCUCAUAGUUCAAGGCUCAGUUCUGGUUAGUUUUCCUUUAUAAUCUCACUUUGUAGUGCAUCAUUGAUGAAGACUAAAUAAUAAGCCUCCAAAAUAAAUAAACAAAUAAAGCUAGUUGCUUGAAGGUUCUGGUGGCUCAGUAGUUAGGUGGACAGGCCUCUGACCUUGAUGAUCAGGGUUUGAGACCUGACUCAGGUGAGUUUUACUUUGUAAACACGAUAUAAACUAAAAGAUAAAACCCGCACAAAACAGUAGGUUGCUUGAAGGUACUGGUGGCUCAGAUGUCUAAGGGUGAGUCCCUCUGCGGUGUACACUGCACAGGAUCGAGACCGCCUGCAGGCGAGCUGAAGGUGCUGGAACUGGGUGGGGCACUAAAUCUGGCAAAGUGAGAGAAAGAGAGUGAAAGCCAGUAUGUCCCACCUGGGGCUCCUGGAGAGGUGGAAGGAGGGGUUAUGCUGCUCUGGGCCAUUUCUUGUUUAUAUAUAUCUAUUUAUUUUUAUUUUUAUAUUUUGCAAUCUACCUAUUUAUUUACUUAUCCACCACAUUUUAUCUUUAUUAACCUUAUCUAUUACAUACCACAGAUUAUUAUUACUAUAGCUAUAUUUUACUGUUUCUUUCAUUUACAUACUAUUCACACAUUACAAAACUAAUAAAAUUUUCUUUCAAAUUAGCAUAACUUCUAUGUUUUUUCCUGCAGGGUCAAGGCCCUGCCCUUCUGACCAUCAACACCACACACACCCUUACUGACCAACAGAGCCACCACUACUGACUGAAAGUGUGCUUUCAUUUAACAUAU